AAGUCAAUUUACCGAGAACAAUGCCCAAGAAAACCGGAGUCAAUACCAAAGUAGCGGCUGCUAACGAACGCAAGGCUGCCAAUCAGAACCAGAAGGAUAAGAAGAAGAACGAAGAAGCUGAGCAACGAGAGGCUGAAGACUGGGCUGGUGGUAGCAAAGGAAAAUCAAAGAAAGAUGCAGACGCCGAGAAGAAGGCUGCUGUUGCAGCAAAGAAAGCUGAGAAGGAGUUGGGCAAGACCAAGCCUACCAAGCCUUUGAAGGGGGAAGACAAAAAGGCAGCCAAGAAGGCCUCCGCUGUCCAUAACGACUCUCAGGCUCGACGUGUUAUCCCAGAAUUCUCGGCUAGCAAUUUGGAUGAUGCCAUUGAUCUCUUGUCUUUGGACGGCCCUGGCGGUGGUACCGCUGGCGGACCCAAGAACAAGGAGGUUGAGAAGCAUCCUGAAAGAAGAUUCAAGGCUGCAUUGGCCGCUUACACUGAGAGAGAGAUGCCUCAACUCAAGAUAGAUCACCCUGGAUUGCGUAAGCAGCAAAUGGAGCAACUCAUUUACAAGAAUUUCCAAAAGUCACCCGAAAAUCCUUUCAACCAAGCCAAUAUUCUCGACUAUAAUGCUACUCAGGAAGAUGUGCAGGAGUCUAAGGCUCACAGACGUGCUGCUUUGGAGGACCGUUUGAAAAAUUAAAUCGCUGACGACGAUGCCAACAUACCUAUAGAAAUCUAGUUUUUUUUUUGGGAAUCCCCCUCCCCACUCAAACCAUAGUCGACCAUUUGAGCAGUUACAUCAAGAGGUUUAG